UGUAUACUGUGCAUGGAGAAAGUGUUCGAGGAGGAGAGAGAAAGAGCCUAUAUAAGACAUACCCAGCGUGUUUAAGAAACUUAGAGUGUCGUGAGAGUGAUCGAUAAACAGAAUAGAAAUGUGGUUCAUCUUUCUGGUGGGCCUUAUUGGUCAAGGUCUAGCCACGCAAGUAAAUUAUCAAACCUUGUCUUCGGGACACACGUCUUCAUCGUCAUCCAACGAACAACAAUGGUCCUGGCAAGAAGAUCAGGCUGCUGCUCCUUCAAAUCAAGAAGAUUCGUUUCAUCCAGUCAGUUUCUCAGCCUCUGAUGCUGUACCAUCAUUUCAGGUGGAACAAGAGCAACAUCAAGUCUACGAAGUCGGUUCCAGUAAUCCUAAUGACGCUUCGGCUUCCUCUCAACAAUUGGGUACCCAACAUGUUGAAGCCGUAGUCGAAGAUAUUCUCACCUCCAAUCGCCAAGGAAGAAAUCUUGACGGUUACGACGAAGUCUACUCAGAUCCAAAUGUGAAAAAUGCCCUCCAACAGGGAAACGAUUCAAUGGCCAGAUCUUACAUUCGUGACAAACUCUGUUCCCUCGGUCUGAUGAGGUGUGACGAUGUUGAAGGAAGACGACCCUACUACUCACCCCAUCGCGAUAUUCAUCCCCAGGAGGUAAUCUACGCCCAACCGGUGACAAUAAAACCAGUAGGUCAUCCACUGCCCGCAAUUCCAGUGAAAAGACCCUAUGGACCACCAAAGCCAGGACCCUUUGCACCAGGUCUCGGCUCAGCGCCAAUUGGACCAAUUUACUCGAAACCUGGUUUCGGACCUCGUCCACCAACACCAUUCGUCGGUCCAUAUCCAGCAUACAAAAAACCAGGUUUUCUCGGCGGACCAAAACCAGUUUACGAGGCUGGUCUCGACAGUGAAAUUGACUACGAGGACAAGUUCAUUGACAAGAAACAAGUUGUCGUCUCGCAAGGCGCCGGUGUUCAACAGCACGUUCAUCAUCAUUAUGUCCAUGGCGAUGGUGUGGCCGAUAAGGGGCCAAUUAUCCUCGGAGGCACGGCCGGCGUCACCACGGGAAAUGCUUAUGGCUACGGAAACACUGGCACUUAUGGAAACCAAUUUAACAACUUCGAGGACUACAAGAAGACAUUCAACACCAAGGGACAAUCGUCAGGAAACAAUCUUCUUGGUUCUGCUUCCAAUAAUUACGCCGAUAGGUAUCCUGUUUAUGAGAGGCCAAAGCCUAAUUCGUUGCAUGAUGGACAGAAAAAUUUCGAGUCCACAAAGGUUGUUAAUUCUGGUUUUGGUAAUGCUAAUAAUUUCGGAGCUGCGUCUUUCGGUGGUAAUGGCUUAGGAGUGCAAAAUUUGGGAGCCAAUGGUCUUGGUUCGAACGGUUUUGGAUCCAACGGUCUCGGUUCGAACGGAUUGGGAUCGAACGGUCUCGGUUCGAACGGAUUAGGAUCAAAUGGUUUUGGCGCUAACGGAUUGGGUGCAAACGGACUCGGAGCAAGCGGAUUGGGCUCGAACGGUUUUGGAUCAAACGGAUUUGGUUCGAACAAUUUCGAGUCAGGCAACAAUUAUGACGUUGGAUUCGGAUCGAAUAAUUACGACAAUUGCGUUUGCGUUCCAUUCGAUCAGUGCUCGACUCUAAAUCAAGCGGGAAGGAAGGACGACCUCUACCUGGCCAUCGAUCCUCGUAGUCUUGGAAAGAAUAUCGAAGCCGAAACAAUUUUCGACAUUGAGGGCAAUAGUACAAGUGCUGUUCGAAUCGCGAAAGGAGUCAAUGCAACCGAACAGGCCGAGGAGACAAAAACACUGAAGGAAGAAAAUAAGGAAAGUAAGGACAAAGAGAGGACCAAGAGGGACACUAAACAAGUCGACGCUAUUAGUGACAAGUCUUCUGACGCCCAAAGUAGACAAUUUGGAAGACCACCGGCAUGUGGACCACGUCAGGUGUGCUGCCGGCGGGCAAACAUCAUUGGCCGUCCUUCUGGAAAACUCGGUCAAUGCGGAGUGAGAAACAGUCAAGGGAUCAACGGUCGCAUCAAGAAUCCCGUUUUUGUUGAUGGAGACUCGGAAUUCGGUGAAUAUCCAUGGCAAGUGGCAAUUUUGAAGAAGGAUCCAUCUGAGAGCGUCUACGUCUGCGGAGGAACUUUAAUUUCAUCUCGACAUAUUUUGACAGCGGCUCAUUGUGUUAAGACUCACGCUGGACGAGAUCUUCGUGCACGUCUAGGCGAAUGGGAUGUAAAUCACGAUGUUGAAUUCUUCCCCUACAUUGAAAGGGACGUCGUUAGUGUUUACGUUCAUCCGGAAUUUUACGCUGGAACACUCUACAAUGAUCUGGCAAUUUUGAAACUCGAUCACGAUAUCAAUUUUGAAAAAAAUCCUCACAUUAGUCCAGCGUGUCUUCCAGAGAAAUACGAAGACUUCACUGGCAAUCGGUGCUGGACCACUGGAUGGGGCAAGGAUGCUUUCGGCGAUUUUGGAAAAUACCAAAAUAUCCUGAAGGAAGUGGACGUGCCGGUGAUUAGCAAUCCACUUUGUGAGAAUCAAAUGAGAAAAACGAGACUGGGACCGAGUUUCAAUUUGCAUCCGGGAUUCAUCUGCGCCGGUGGCGAGGAAGGCAAAGACGCCUGCAAAGGUGACGGUGGCGGUCCAAUGGUUUGUGAAAAGCACGGAAAAUGGCAAUUGUCCGGAGUUGUUUCAUGGGGAAUUGGUUGCGGUCAAGCCGGAGUUCCUGGAGUUUAUUCCCGUGUCUCCUACUAUCUUGACUGGAUCAAUCAAGUCGUUAAUCAGUUUUAAGAAAAAAAAAAACAAAAAAAAAAAAAAUACUCCCUUCACACUAUUUACACACUCAGAUAUUCAGAUUUCAUGAUACUCACGAAACAAACGUAAAAAUGAAGGGAAAUUAUCAAAGAAAAUCUUCGAUUGCUCUACAGAAAUUUUUCAUAUUUUCUCCAAAAUUAAAACUCAGAAAUUGAAAUUCGAAAAUUGAAACUUUGAAAUUAAAAAAUUAAAACUUUGAGAUUUUUUGAUAAUUUCUUUAUUAAUUUAUUUUUUUUUAAAUAACUUUCUCUCAUUUCUGAAUAUCGAACUUCAUCUAUUUUAUGUAUAAUGUAUUUUCGAACAUCGUUUUAUAUUAUUUAUUUAUAAAAAAGUAUACAUGAUAUUUUUUUAUUGUGAUAUACUGUGUUAUUUUAAGCGAUUCACUUUAAUAUAUGUAAAUAGCAUUUCGUACUUCGAUCGCUAAACAUUUAAGUUUAUAGUGUUAAUGUUUAAUGUAUUUGAAAUUUGCUUCGUAUAAGUUACAAAUUAUGUUAAAGAUUCGGUUGCUCAGUCAACCGGAACGUUCAGUAAUGCAUUUUCCUUGCAAUGUUUCUUAAUUAUAUAUAUGGACCAAUAAAUUUAUUUAAAAUUA